ACUAUUUACAGUAUUUAGUAUUAUUUAGCUACUCGACUGUUUUGAUUUUAGAGUUCUUAAUUAAAUAACUACGACUGCAAGUUGAAUUUUUGUUGAAAUAACACAAUGGCAACAAUAUCAGAAAUUUUAAAAACUAAGACCGAUGACGAUGAAGAGGAACCAAAAAAAAAAUCACGAGAAGAUUGGAGAAAAGCAAAAGAACUUGAAGAAGCCCGAAAAGCAGGAACAGCUCCAGCUGCAGUUGACGAAGAGGGCAAAGAUAUCAAUCCUCACAUUCCACAAUAUAUAUCGUCAGCGCCAUGGUAUUAUGGCACUUCUGGCCCAACCCUUAAACAUCAACGUGUUCCUGGAAAAGCCCAAGAAUAUUCAAGUUUAAAUGAAUGGUAUAAACGAGGAGUUAACACUGAAUCUGUUAGCACUAAAUUCCGUAAAGGAGCAUGCGAAAACUGUGGUGCAAUAACACAUAAAAAAAAAGACUGCUUUGAAAGACCACGAAAAGUUGGAGCUAUUCAUAAUUCCAUAAAUAUUGCACCAGAUGAACAUGUACAACCUGAAAUUAAUCAAGAUUUUGAUGGAAAACGAGAUCGAUGGGCUGGGUAUGAUCCUUCUCAGCAUAAAGCAAUUAUCGAACAGUAUCAGCAAAUUGAAGAGGCUAAGCGUGACCUUCGUGCUCAAAAACUAAAUGCAGAUGGAGAUGAAAAAGGAGAAGGUAACAGUUCUGCUGACGAAAAUGAUGAAGAUAAAUAUGUAGAUGAUUUUGACAUGCCUGGAACUAAAGUAGACAGCAAACAACGUAUUACCGUUAGAAAUUUAAGAAUUCGAGAAGAUACAGCAAAAUAUCUUAGAAAUUUAGAUUUAUCGUCUGCCUAUUAUGAUCCUAAAACAAGAUCAAUGAGGGACAACCCACACAAACCUGGAGAAGAUCCAGAACAAGUGGAAUAUGCUGGUGAGAAUUUUGUUAGAUUCAGUGGUGAUACUAAUAAACAUGCACAAGCUCAGUUAUUUGCUUGGGAAGCAUAUGAACGUGGUGUUGAUGUACAUCUGUUAGCCGAACCCACAAAAUUAGAGCAACUAAAAAAAGAGUAUGAAACUCAUAAAGAUCGUUUCAAAAAGAAAACUCAGAAUACAGUAUUGGCAAAAUACGGUGGAGAAGAACACUUGCAAACACCUCCUGUACAAUUAUUAUUAGCACAAACUGAAGAGUACAUUGAAUAUUCUAGAAGAGGAGAUAUUAUUAAAGGUGAAGAAAAGGGAAUAAUACGUUCACGCUAUGAAGAAGAUGUUCACCCCUCUAAUCACACAUCUGUUUGGGGUUCUUACUGGGAAGCCGGGGAAUGGGGCUAUAAAUGCUGCCGUUCAUUGGUACAAAACUCUUAUUGCACAGGCAAAUCAGGAGUUGCAUUAUCCACAAAUGUAUCAGAAUUAGGAAAGAUUGUCCCUGUUAUUGAAAAUACUGUCCCAGAGUCUAUUAGUAUAUUUAAAGACAAACCUAAAAUAGCUGAAACAAUUACUUCUCAAUGUUCAUCAUCAUCAUCAUCUUCAUCAGAUUCUGAAACAAUAAAAGAAAAGUCAAAAAAAAAGAAGAAGAAGAAGAAGAAGAAGAAAAUGAUGAAAAAGAAGGCUAAAAAAGAAGAAAUCAAAGAUGCAUUACAAAAGGCAUUAGAUAAAGAAGAUGAACGAUUGAAAGAAGUCGAUCGAAUUAUGAUGAUGGACGAGAGAAAACGUCCAUAUAAUAGUAUGUAUGAAGUUUCUAAGCCUACUGAUGAAGAAAUUGAAGCAUAUCACAUGAAAAAACGCAGAGAUGAAGAUCCCAUGUCCAAUUUUGUAUAAUUUUUUAAUUUACUAAAAUUAUAUUCUCAUAAAAAUGUUCAAUUUUACUGUAGAUUACAUUACAUGUUAAGUGGAAAGAUA